GUGCGUCAGAGGAAAAAGGAAGUUGCGGGAUGAAGUUAAAAGUCUUCGACACAGUGCAGCUCUGCAGAACACCCACUACGGAAGAAAGGCAGAACGAGAGCGCUGAAGUCUGACAAUGAGAUAAUGAAAGGAGGAGAACCUCGAGAAAGAAGACAUAGAACUGCCAGGGGAAACUGAAGGUGAGAUCUGAUUUUAUAACUUCUCCUACACUUACACACGGAUAGAAAAUUAUUAAGCUUUCUCCUUGAGUAGCGGCUUUUUUGAUAUUUUGCUGGGUUUCAACAAGGCCGCUUCAAUAUUUCACUAGAUUGACGGCGUGAGAGUGGCUGCUCAUUGUUCACUGAAGGCCGACAGAUUCUCUACUGAUUUGGUCUCAGAUUUUGGAAAGAAAUCUUUAAUAAUUUUAAUAUCCAGGUUCUAGUUUACUAAGAAAGUUAAGCUGUGACAAAUGAGGUUUAGAGCUUCUUUAUUUGUGUAAUUCAGGGGCAAAAGUUAUCACGCUUUAAUGAGGUUGUCUCUUUGUGACUUAAUAGUAAAUACAUUCUAUUCAGUGGGAAAUUCAUAUAGAGAAACCAUGUUUUUGGUUUCUUGUGAAGCUAACUCGUCUGUGAUUGUCAGGAGAGUGUGUUAACUUAAAAUCUGACUGACUGAUUUACUGUUAGUGGGUGUUGUACAGAACAAUAGUGAUGACUAGUUUGUGAAUAUUUUGCCUGUGAGGAUGAACAUAGUGUAAUAAAAUUGUGUCUCACAUCCUGCCUAUCUAUGGAUCUACCAGAAAACAAAGAUGGAGUUGUGGCGGCAGUGUGCGAUGUGGUUAAUCGACUGUCGAGUUCUUCCUGAGAACCACCGGGUCACAUGGGAUGGCGCACAGGUGUGUGAUCUGGCUCAGGCUCUGAGAGACGGCGUGCUGCUCUGCCAGUUGCUCAACAACCUGCUGCCUCAGGCCGUCAACCUGAGAGAGAUCAACCUGCGCCCUCAGAUGUCCCAGUUCUUGUGUCUGAAGAAUAUCCGGACGUUUCUGGGAGUUUGCCAGGAGAAGUUUCAUCUCAGGAAGAGUGAACUGUUUGAAGCCUUUGACUUGUUUGAUGUUCGAGACUUCGCAAAGGUUAUAGACACUUUGUCCAUUCUCUCUCAUUCAUCCAUCGCUACACAAGGAAGAAUCCAGCCUUUUCCUUUGGAAGGAUGCACUCAAGAUGAUGAGAUCUACAGCGGCCUGUCUGACAAGAUAGAUGACACUGUGGACGAGGACGAUGACUUGUACGACUUUGUGGAGGACGAGGAGAACGAAGGAGAUGAGAUCUAUGAAGACUUGAUGAGAACAGACGAACAACCUGAAACUCAGAAGACCGGCGUAGACAAACGAGAGUGCUGCCUGCAGGAGAUCAGACAGACGGAAGAGAAAUACACGGACACACUGGAAUCUAUAUUACAGCACUUUAUGAAGCCUCUUCAAAAGUUUCUGCAACCCCCAGACAUGGAGAGUAUCUUCAUCAACAUAGAGGAUUUGGCUGGCAUGCAUCGUCUUAUGUUGGAGGAGGUCCGGAGUUCCAUCUUAGAUUACGGAGCCAAGAACCUGUACCAGGUGUUUCUGAACUACAAGGAGAGGCUCUUACUGUAUGGUCGGUACUGUAGUCAGGUGGAAAUGGCCACAAAACACCUGGACAAGCUUUCGAAUACAAGAGAGGACAUCAGAAUGAAACUGGAGGAGUGCUCAAACAGAGCAAAUAGUCGACGAUUUUCUCUCAGGGAUUUACUCAUGGUCCCCAUGCAGAGGGUCCUCAAAUAUCACCUGCUGUUACAGGAGCUGGUGAAGCACACCACUGACUCUACAGAGAAGGACAACCUCCGUACAGCUCUUGAUGCCAUGAGAGACUUGGCGCAGUGUGUGAAUGAAGUGAAGCGAGACAACGAGAUCAUCAGACAGAUCACCACCUUCCAGUUGUCCAUAGAAAACAUGACUCAGUCUCUAGCUUUCUACGGUCGCCCAAAGAUCGAUGGAGAGCUGAAGAUCUGCAGCCCGGAGAAAAAGUCUAAGCAGGACAGGUAUGCAUUCCUCUUCGAUAAGGCCAUGUUUGUCUGUAAGAAGAAGGGUGGAGAGACAUUUGAGCUAAAGGAGAUCAUUGAACUACAGCACUACCAGAUACGAGACGAAGCCACCGGGGAAAAGGACAAUAAGAAGUGGUCCUAUUUGUUCCUUCUGCUGGACUGCUACGGGAGGUGUGGAUACGAUUUAUUCUUCAAAACCAGAGAACUGAAGAAGAAAUGGCUGGAGCAGUUUGAGAUGGCUCUGUCGAACAUGUGUCCAGAAAACUCCACGGCCAACAACCACGACUUCCAGAUGCACUGCUUCGAGGACACCACCUCCUGCAAGGCCUGCUCCAUGCUGUUAAGAGGGAUAUUUUUCCAGGGCUAUCGCUGCUCUCGCUGUAAAAUGGCUGCACAUAAAGAGUGUUUAGGCAGAGUCCCUGCCUGCGGGCGAAACUCAGAUCAUGCUGGAAUUGUAAGGAAGAGUAAACAAACACAGAGAUCCUCCGGACAUGCCAGCGUUGGAUUCCCUAAAAUGGAGGUGUGUCAGGAGUACUACGGCCUGCCGCCGCCCCCCGUGGGCUUCGGCACACCCCUCCACCUCUCCAAAGGCGACAUCAUCGAGCUGUCCCGGGCCGACCCCGACCUGCCUUGGUGGGAGGGAAGGAACCUGACUGUGGGUCAAAUGGGAUGGUUCCCUUGCCAAAAAGUCCAGCCCUAUGUCUCAUGUGAUCUCACCUUUUCCCAGAGGCCAACUCCUGACCUGUCUGCCUUCAAAUGGUUUGCAGGGAACAUGGACAGAACAGCUGCCAAAAACCUGUUGCUGUCACGGUCUGAUGGAACGUUCCUCGUGAGGCAGAAAGACGGAGGGGAAUUCGCUAUCAGCAUCAAGUUCAACAUGGACAUCAGACACAUAAAGAUCACGUCAACUGAAGGCCUGUACCGCAUUAAUGAGAAGAAAGCAUUCAAGGGUUUAAUCGAGUUGAUUAAGUUUUACCAGCAAAACUCUUUGAAGGAAUACUUCAAGGACGUGGACACGACGCUGCGUACGCCAUACAAACAACCGGAGCAAAGCAGCUCGCCUAACAACACGCCGAACACCACUCCAAACAGCACACCAGGAGGCAGCAUGAGGAGUUUCGGCGUAGUGAGGGCCAGGUACGACUUCUCGGCCAGGGACCGCUCAGAGCUGUCGCUGCGAGAAGGAGACACCAUCAAGAUCCUCUCCAAGAAAGGCCACAGUGGAUGGUGGAAAGGAGAGGUGUACGGCCGGGUGGGGUUCUUUCCAGCCAACUAUGUGGAGGAGGACUACUCUGACUACUGCUGACGCAGCUCCACGUGAGAAGAUGUCUUUGUGAAACCCGGUGUCCAUCGAUUGCAUUAACCCAUGUGCACGAGUGUGGCUGUGUGCGUGUGAGAGAGAUGCUGUUGCUUGUUAUCUACUGACUGUCUGGUGAUGUGAAUAAAACUUUUUU